AUGAUGAUGAUGAUGAUGAAAUCAGUGUUGCUGGUCAAGCCGGAGCAUCCGGAGCAUGAGGAAGAGGCCCAGCGCCUCUUCUCCGCCACUGGAGUUACCAUCAAGACCAGCGGCAACCGUCACCUCGGCGGAGCGAUUGGCAGUGAGGAGUUCUGCUCUGCCUUCAUGGCCAAGAAGGUGGAUAAAUGGAAGCAGGUUCUGGAUUCCCUGACGGGGAUGGCUGUCACUCAGCCUCAGGCCGCAUACACCGUUUUUACGAAGGGUCUGUCAUCCACAUGGACAUACCACUUGCGUUGCUCACCUUGUUCGGCUGAGAUACUGGCCGAGCUUGAUGAGAGGAUCAAUGAUUGCCUGAUACCUGCCCUUCUGGGGGAUGGCGUUCGUCCUGGUAGCCCUGAGAGAGAGCUGAUGUCAUUUCCAGUGCGUCUUGGUGGUUUGGCCCUCCCUCUGUUGCAGGAUAGUGCACCAGCAGAGCUCGCAGCAUCCUUGAGCAUCACAAAGCCUCUUGUUCAGCUACUGUUGACUGGCACAUAUGCGAACCCUCCAAGCGUGCCUGGUGAUAUGGCAAGGAGCGAUUUGUCGGAUACUGCCCAGUCAGAGGGCUCCGGUGAUACAACCCAGGAGGUUGCCGACCGAGUGAGGCUCUCCAAUCAUGAUCCCGUCCGCGAUGCUGUUGGGGACACCCGCCAGCUGGCACGCUCGACUCGGACAAGCAAAAUGCGGAGCCUAUGCAGCCGGCAACAAGACAUUAAGGCGGACUUGAGCUCGGAGCAACAAUUUCUUGUUGAAAUCGCGUCCGAAAAGGGAGUAUCGUCAUGGUUGACUGUUGCCCCGCGGUGGCAAGAUGGAACCAUCCUGAAGAAAUCCGACUUCCGUGAUGCCCUGUGCAUCCGCUAUGGGCGAAGGUUGAGUGGGCUACCCGAUUCAUGUGUUUGUGGUGUGCCUCUCAGCCCCGCUCAUGCACUUACCUGUGCCACUGGCGGCUAUACCAUUGCCCGUCACAAUGAGGUGCGGGACUUGGUUGCUGGACUACUGAGGGAGGCUGGAGUGGUGGACGUAGAGACGGAGCCCCGGCUAUUGCCCUGCAGCAGUGAGCAUUUGCCUGGUGGUCGUUCCCUCAACCGAUGCGCAGAAGCUCGUCUGGAUGUGCGGGCUCGCGGCUUUUGGUCGUGGCAACAGGACGCUUACUUUGAUGUGCGGAUCACUCAUCCCGCAGCGUCUGUGUUGUCUCGAUCACAAGCCCUGAGUCAGCUGAAGUCUCACGAGCGAAACAAGAAAAAUCAAUACGCCAGCCGUGUGGUUAACGUGGAGCGCGGCUCCUUCACGCCACUUGUGUUCUCGACGUACGGCUUUAGUGGCCCAGAAACUACUCAAUUCCUGAAAUCAUUGGCCUCCCUGUUUGUUGAGCGCCAUACUGAACUGAAGUACCCACUAGUAAUGGGCAUACUACGCACCCGUUUGUCUUUCUGCUUGCUGCGAUGGGCAGUCACCUGCUUCCGCGGUUGCCGCGGUUCGUACGGCAAGAGGCGACAGCCGAACUCAUUUCUGGCCCAGUGCCGCCAGGCGGAGUAGGGUGCUGCCUUUGGCCUCAACUUAAUAUAAUGCUAUUUGGUUUUUCCCCUUUUAUUACUCUGUGUUCAUUGCUUGUUUUUGUAUUGAUUUACUUCCUUGACUGCUUUUGUGUUUCAUCAUUUUCCGGUUGGUUUUGUGUUGA